AAGGAAGUUGUGAUUUAGCCAAAUUAUAUCGUAUGUAAUAUCGACGCACAUUAAAAAUUAACACGGCUUUGAAUGUGUUCAUUGGUGCUCGUUCAUGAUUAAACUUUCACACGACUGACAGCCAUAUGAUUCUCAUCACUCACACAUUCUCAAUACGUUCAAGAAGAAAUAAAACUAAGAAUACUCUAAAAUAGUCCUAAUACAUAACUCAAACAGAAAGAAACUUAACGCAGAACGUAGAAUCUCAUGUGAUCUCACCAUUUAACCGUAUAACGAAGUGAAGACGACGAAACGAGAUGAGUGAAGAAGUGAGUCCGGAAUCAGACAAAUCCGAAAAGAUGGACAUUUCUGACCCCUCAGACCCAGAAAUGGUAGAAACAGAAGAAACAUCCAUUCCAAAAGUUUUAAGACUAUCUUUACCACUUACCAACACCACCUUGCCUGAGCAAGACACCUCCACAACAUCUGAAUCAAAAUGUGAGGAUUGUGAAGACUAUCCUGCUUUUCCGCCACUGGACAAUGCAAAGCAGUGUCAAUAUGAGAGAGUGAAUAAAGUCAGCCACACCAUACAGAAUGCAACUGAUUCGCAUCCACUGAUGUUCUCUCCCAGCUCACCAAUAACGCCGGAUUUCCCGGACUUGAUUCCGGAGAAACCAAAGAACCGGCAUUUCAAACCACUCGCCAAUAGUUCCAUUCACGGCAACGUCAACAGCUCGCCGCUGAAUAAACUCGAAGACUUGAAGGAAGCUUUACCGUCCAUUCCGAAGUUAGACUUCGGCGAUCUGAGUGAUAAGGAUGAUAAGGACGACAAGUCCGAUAACGAGAACGAGAAGUCUGUCUACGAGGCGCAUCUCAGCUCGAAUCUGCAGAACGUCGCGAUGACAAUGAACGAAAAGGAAGGAAACUUGAAUUUCCUCGCGUAUGGCAAGAAAAGUAAUAAGUUGAGGAAGAUAAAAGUCCUCACAACCGAAGAUCCUAUUGAUAGUGAUAUCUCGAGCCUGGGAAGUUCACCAGAUUCCUUAAAAUCAGAGGAUGUGUUUGCUAGCAUGUCCAGAAUGGAAGAAGUAGAUGUUGAUGUAGAUGAUUUUGAAGUAGAAGGAAAUAAUUCACGAAAUGAAACACCUGAACCCAUAGAACCAUUGAGUGCUGAUGACGAAAGGAGACAUGCCAGACACUGGCAGAGGAUGGUGCUGCCGGGUGGAGAGCAGAGAACAAUUGAUAUGAGGGUGAUAGAGCCUUAUAAGAGAGUUUUAUCUCAUGGAGGAUAUUUAAGAGCUGGGGGACACACGGCGAUCGUUUUAUUCUCGGCUUGUUUCUUACCGGACAAGUCAAGAUGUGAUUAUGAUUAUGUGAUGGACAAUUUAUUCCUAUAUGUUCUAUGGACGUUGGAACGUCUUGUGACGGAAGAUUAUGUUCUCGUGUAUUUACACGGGGGCGCCACACGUAUACCUAGCUUCCGGUGGCUGAAGCGUUGCUAUCAGAUGGUCGGCCGGAAGUUGAGGAAAAAUCUCAGCCAUCUUUACCUCGUCCACCCAACAAUGUGGAUUAAAACUAUGCUAUUUAUGGCUAAACCUUUUAUAAGUUCGAAAUUUUAUCGAAAAAUUUCGUUCGUCACUUGCUUAAAAGAUCUAAGAGGUAGAGUUCCUAUUGAACUAGCCGCUGUCCCGGAGAAAGUCAAAGCAUACGAUAGCCUCCAUUACGGUACGUAAGAAGCGGCCAUUUCCAGAUAAAACUGAUCAUAACCCGCAAAAUUAGCAAAUACUCCGCAUAAAUUUCACGCAUAUGAAAAUCAUCUUCAUAUUUUCACAAUCACACGCAUAUUCAGAGAAACGCUUCACGUUUAGAUCCAUACGCAUAAAAUACUCAUUUAUCCAGGUGAGAACAAAGAACCAAAUUAGUAUACACACGAAUAACGUAGCGAAAAUGUUGUCUUAUGAUACUGAUAGCUUUCAAAAUUAACUAAAACAAAAACACCUAGCGAACAAAGAAGUUAAAUAACAAUUUUAAAAGACGUACGAUUAGUUCUUCGUCUUUCCACGCACGUGAAUCUCAAAUUUAUUUUUCUGUGAUUAAACCUAUACGUUUCCUAUGCUUUUUAGUUACUUUUUAAAAGUAUUAUUUUUACACAACAAGUGCGAACUAUUUACACUAAAAAUGAUAUAUACACUAUUUACAACAUUCCAAUCUAUUAUUUUAUUAAAGAUUUUAUUAUUAAGUCCCUGUACUUAUUAAAUUUUAGAAGGAUUAUAGAAGAUAUGUAAAUGUAGAUGAUGUAAACACGAGUACAACGCCAAAAACAAUCACAAAUCACGUUUUGUUAUAAAAAGACAACGAAUUUCAUUUGUUAACAUUAAAUCAACCGAUUGUACAAAGAACAAAGAUUCAAAGCAAACUAUAUAUAAAACAGGGAAAACAACAUUGUACGAGUUGUUUUUUACUGAGCGAUUUUUCAAAGUAUUUUUUGCAUGAUUUCUAUAUAUUGAGUGCACGUGAAGAAUAACGUGCCUGAACCGAACUAAAACGUGAAUACUCAAAAGCGCAAACCAAAAUUGAACGCAGAUUAUAUUGUUGAAAGAAUAUUUACUCUAGCUUGCUGCGUUUUUCGAGUAGUUUUCAAACCAGGUACUGUUACACUUCACACCUGCGCUCGUGUAUUGUAUAAAUAUUAUAAAUGAAUGCGAAUGGUGUGUUUGUCUGUUUGGUGAUGAGCCCACAACCCGCUGAAUAUACAUAGCAAUAUUAUAUAUUUUAGAAGAAACGGCCUGUGUAAUACAAUAAAUAAACGAGAUGGCAAUACAAUAAAAA